AUGGAGGAGUUAUUCUUCGGAAUUCUGUACCGGGGUUUAUCCGUCGGGAUUGUCAUUGCGAUCGAUAAAUUCGUGGUUCAACGCCGCGACGCGGUUGUACGAACAGUGCGCCGACUGCAAGCGACCCUUCACAUUCCAACCUGCCUUUCAUUGGUUAGCGACACAGCUCCGGGCAUAACAGAUGAGUCACUGCGAAUUGGAGCUGAGAUAACUAUCUUCUCCGGAAUAGCGUCCCUCGCUCUACUCGCCGUUGUUCCAUUAGCUGGAAUAACCGAACGUUUCUGGUGGCUCGUCGCGGCGAUUGUUGUUUCGGUUUGUCUUACAAUCUCCGUUUGGAUUUAUUUCAUAUGCGCAAGAAAUAGGUUCGAUCGAGGCGAAAGAGACAUAUUUGAGAACCGCAGUGGAAACAACCCGGGUCUUCGGAGAUCCAUCGGCUGCGUCCACCUUGACUACGUCCAUCGAACCACCGCUGCUAACAGGAACCGCUUUGUCUUCGGAACGCAUCCAUCUCGACUAUACCGGAUGAAGUUGUUCGUGAAAGCGGGAGAUCCAACAUCUUACUUGACAGUCCCGCGUCCGCUGUCCGCGUCCGCUGUCCGCGACGGCCUGGGCGGCAGGAGCCACGGAGGCCGUGUCUCCGACGUCAAGGCGCAGGACCGUGACAUUCUCGAGACGACUGAGAGUCUUGGGGAUCUUGGCGGUGUUCCGGGCCGCGCCGGGCUAGGGCGAGGCCGAUGGAAGACUAUGACUGGUUCAUCAUAUAUAGGCCAAGCUGCCAAAACGGAGUGGCAUAGCGCUGUCGUCCCUUAG